UUUUAGAUUAUUUCUAUAGACAUCACUUCAAGUCAUUAAUCUGCUGUUUUUUCUGUUCCCCUUUUUAAAAUUUAGCAAAAACUAUUUUCCAACAAAUUAUUAUAGAGACAAAAUUACAUUUUAAAAGUACCUGCAAAACUGUGAAAUGAUUAUGAAAUAGUUAACGCGACACAUGAGUGCACGUGACACCAUUUUUGGGGGAAGAAGACCUCUUCAGAUCUCAGCAUUGUUAUAUAGCAGUGAAUAUCGUCCCCGCUUGCCUUCAUUCCAUACCAUUGUCUCUCACGGAAAAUGAUCAAAGGAAACAGGACUGGGGUGUCAGAGUUUAUAUUGCUUGGAUUUCCCAGACUUCACAAUCUUAAAUACUUCAUCUUUAUUCUCUUCCUUGUGAUAUACAUGAUGACAUUGUUUGGAAACUUUCUGAUUGCUGGUUUGGUGUCUGCCAACUCCAGACUCCAUUGCCCAAUGUACUUUUUCCUUAUUCAUUUAUCCAUUUGUGACAUUGUGUUCACUACGAAUAUCUCCCCCAAUAUGUUGUGCGCUAUAUUAGAAGGAAGGGGCACCAUGUCGUUUGAAGGGUGCAUCAUACAGUUCUAUAUCUAUGGCGCCUCCACUGUUGCCGAAUGCGCCAUUUUGGCAAUCAUGUCUUAUGACCGCUACGCCGCCAUCUGUAAUCCACUUCGUUAUCGUUCCAUCAUGGACCUUGUGAUUUGUCUGAAAUCAGUAACCUGCUGUUGGCUGAUGGGGUUUUUAGUAACGCUUAGUACAGCCAUUAUGGUGUUUAGGUUAGAUUUUUGUGGCCCCAAUGUCAUUGACCACUUUAUCUGCGAUCUGACCCCACUUCUGAAACUGUCUUGCUCAGACACACUUUUCGUACAAGCUGCCAUAUUCGUUCUUUCGAUUCCGAUCAUACUUAUUCCAUUUGUCUUCAUCAUUACAACGUAUAUCUCCAUCUUUCUCUCCAUCCUGAAGAUUCCCUCAAAAACAGGCAGGCAUAAGACGUUCUCCACGUGUAGCUCUCACCUGACGUCUGUUAGCGUCUACUACGGAACAUUAAUCACAAUUUAUAUCUUUCCAAACAAAUGGAACGUCGAUAAGGCUCUGUAUCUUCUCUACACAGUGGUCACUCCAUUGCUCAAUCCAAUUAUCUACAGUCUGAGGAACCAGGAGAUGUGGAGAGCAAUUGAAUUCCUGAUAUCCAAAUUAAGGUAAUAAUAAAAUCUAUUUGUCUAACUAUAGAAUGCGUCUGGGUUUCAUGAGAUGAAAUG